UGGUGUUGCAGUCCCUAACAGCGGUGUUUGCUCACUUUGGCAACGCUGCCAGGCGAAGUAGACAACGAAGAACGCUAAUACAAGCCCAAGCCCAAACCCGAUUACAGAACUCCCAAGCCAGAUUCUCCAGCAGCAAGCAGCAAUCUGACCGUCAAUUUCGUAGAACAAACAAUCAUCAAUGAGCAGCAGCAAGGAGGCUGCAUCGUCUUCUCACAUCGUAGAAGAAGACGAUGACGAACUUCUCCUAUACGGGUCCGGAUCCGGUUGGGUGGAGGCCCUGACCCACUGCGAUCACCUUGAUACCUUAUCCUCCGACCUCACACAUAUUCCACCCCCAGAUACUCCUUGCUACAGGUGCGAACACCCUCAAGAGAACUGGCUCUGCUUAAGCUGCGAAGAUGUGCUCUGUAGCCGUUUUGUUAAUAAACACAUGCUUGAGCAUUAUCGUCAACAAAAUAAUCAUUGUUUGGCACUUAGCUACAGCGAUCUAUCAGUCUGGUGUUUCUCCUGCGACGCAUAUUUGGAUGCUCAAGUAAUCUUGCCGCUGCGACCAGUUUAUGAAACUGCAUACAUUCUCAAAUUUGGUGAAGCUCCGCCCUUCCGGGCGCUCGUGGAUUUGCACCUAGCUGACCACAAGGCAGAGGGUUCGUCUUCUGGGGGGCAGUCUUAACCAUUGCAGUUCAAGUUGCAGACCUUUUUUUUUUUGUUUGGGGUAGAUUUUACUGAAAGCUUGUCGGUUCUACAUCUGUUCCGUUUCAAAGAAUUGUAUAAUUCCCUGGUUAAAUGCAUUUAUAUGAAAUGGGAGCGGCUUCUCCGCUCUCGAUUCUCCUCUA